AUGUUUGACGCGGAGCAUAAGGAGAAAGGGGAUGUGGCGUCGGUGAAGGAGGACACGAAGCCGGACUCAGAUGUGGACGAACAUUCGGAUACCGAUCCUUCAGAAGUAUUCCAGGUUGUCCAUUCAGAUGCGGACAAUUCAGACCGGGAGACGGAUACCUUUGAGGAUGCAAAUGAUUCUGCGGCCACCGAACCCCUAGCCAAGAGACCGUCAAUAGAGAGGACUCGGUCUCUAACGAAACGACCAGAUUCCCCCGCGGAGAGUGCUGCGGAGGGCGUGGAGGACCAUCCCCCAGUUCCUGCGAUGCCUGGAGUCGAGGUCAAGGAGGAGGUGGAGACGGAACACACGAAGCAGCCAGAAGAUGCAGGAGAGAUGACGGACACCGAUAUAGAAGCAGAGUCAAAACAGCCCAGCAGCCCUCUGUUAACCUCCCACCGCAUAUCUUCAAACGCCUCCCUGGAUAACGUGAACCUGGACAGUGUGAGCUUGGAUGAGGAUUCGAGACCCAUACUGCUAGUCAAAAUCAACGAAUCCCCGAAAUCUCCUCCUCCUUUAACAUCCCAGAAUCCUGCACCGGGCCUCCAAGGACUCUCUGGGAGUCUCCCCUCCGUACCGUGGGGUGCGCCUCCCCCACCAUCCCCUCUGAAGGAGGCCAGCAUCCCGGCACCAUCUCCUCCCACCCGGAGGUUGACAGGCCCCUUCUCCUGGCUCUCACGGAACACGACGCAGCAGAAAGAAACUUCUCCCUUACCGCCGCCAGACAGCCAUGCUCGCAAAAAUACCGCCUCCUCGAUUGCUACCAUUGGCAGCAACCCGGAGAUGAUGUUAGGCAAGUUAGACGAGGGCGACGAAGGACAUGAUGCCGCUGCUCAAGGGCGGCCAGCACGCAACAGUCUGAGAGACAGAUUCAAACUAUUGCGGAUGAGAGAAGAGGCCGGCAUUACUCCAGUUCCAGAUGACGAACACGGGGGACCAGGCGGUGGUGGCUUGACAGGCAUACUUUCGCGGGGUGCCAAUUUUAGCGCUGGUGCCCUCAUGAGCCCUUCAGCAGAUGAGAGAUCGCUCAGCCUUCAAUCCCCAUCCUCUCCGCUCCCUCCCGUAAGUCCAAAUACGUCUCCGUUCAAUCCUGCACUGGCUCCUGGUACUGCUUCUGGAGUAUCUGCGGGACCAUCGCCAACUGCUGAACCAGUCGAUUGGGAUUUGUGGCAAGCUGUCGUAGACGAAGGACCAUCCGCAGUUGCGAGGACGAGUCCAGAAGAGUUGAACCGAGCCAUUACGAGUGGCAUACCACAAGCAAUCCGCGGAGUUGUAUGGCAAAUCCUGGCUCAGAGCAAGAACGAGGAACUAGAGAGUGUAUACAGAGAUCUUGUAAAUCGUGGGACCGACAAGGACAAGAAUCGACUUAGUGGAUCGAGUGGAGCAACCAGUGUGGCAUCUAAUGGAGAAAAGAAGGACGAGACGGUCGCCUCAUCAGCAUCUUCCAUCCACUCAGACCACUCGACCCCAGCCACGACCAUCACAAAUGGCAUGCGGUCACCCUCCCCACCCAAGGACCCAGAUGUGCUGGCAAAGGCUCAAGCCGUCGCUCUAGCUGUGAAGAAGAAGAAAUCUAAGGAGGAUGCAGCGGCUCUGUCGAAGCUCGACAAGGCUAUCAGGCGGGAUCUCGGCGCCCGAACCAGCUUCUCCAAGUUCGCUGCUAGCGCUGGUCUUCAAGAGGGCCUUUUUGGUGUGUGUAGAGCAUAUGCACUAUUCGAUGAGGGGAUCGGAUAUGCGCAAGGCAUGAACUUCCUUGCCAUGCCUUUGCUCUUUAACAUGCCCGAAGAAGAAGCCUUCUGUUUACUCGUACGACUGAUGAACCAAUAUCACCUCCGCGACAUGUUCAAGCAGGACAUGCCCGGGUUGCAUAUGCACCUGUAUCAGUUUGAGCGCCUUCUAGAAGAUUGUGAGCCUGCCCUGUACUGCCAUCUCCACCGUCGACAAGUUACCCCCCACCUCUACGCCACUCAAUGGUUCCUUACCCUAUUCGCCUAUCGCUUCCCCCUCCAACUCGUUCUCCGGAUCUACGAUCUCAUCCUGAGCGAGGGCUUGGAAGCCAUCAUCAAGUUCGGUAUCGUCUUAAUGCAAAAGAACGCCGCCGCCCUCCUUGGCAUGAAGGACAUGGUAGCUCUUACAACCUUUCUCAAGGACCGCGUCUUCGAUGUCUAUAUCGACCAGGCACCGUCCCCAGGCUCUAUCCUGGAGUCGGGCUUCUUUGGCAGCUCUGGUGCAAGCAUCGACAAGGAAGUCUACCGAGCCGAUCAGCUGAUCCAAGAUGCAUGUGCUGUGAAGGCCACCCCCGAGCUGCUAAAGACCUACCGCCUGGAAUGGGAGGAAAAGACUCGGCUGGAGAAAGAGCGCGAGGCUGAAUUGGAAAACCUAAAAUCCAACAACCACUCCCUCCACCAACGAGUCCGCCGCCUAGAAGAGCGCGUCGAGGAGCACGACACCGAGCACGCAGCCCUUGCGACCGAUCUGGUCAAGACCAAAGUGGAAAACGAGGAACUGCAUGACGAGAAUGAAACCUUAAAGUUGCAGGUCGUAGAGCUGAAGCGGGUGAUUGAGAAGCAGCCCGAGGAGGUUGAGGCCAGACUUCAGAGCGAGAUGGACCGCCUCAUGAAGCGGAAUCAGGAGGUACACGAAGAGAAUACCCGAUUGGAGGAUGAGAUGGCCGAGAUGGAGCAGACGCUGGUGGCGACCAAGAUGCAGUAUGCGGAGAUUAACGCUGCGCACGAGACGCUGAAUCGUAAGUGGAUGGAUUUGAGAAAGGCGCUGGGCGAUUAG